GCCCGGCGAUGUUCAGCAAGCCAUAUAUAGACUACUAGUUCCCGGCCUUCGUGAGAACAACAUUCUUCUGGAAAUUGGCGACACAGUCCAUAUACGACAGCUGCAAUUUGACGCGCACGGCAGCAUCGUUACCUCUUCUGGGAUUUUUACAAACAAUCGGGGGGUUCCCAUGCCUGGAAGUGCCGAUAUCUGUCACCUUGCUGUCGUAUGGGCGGUUGAUCGUCUUCACGAGACAUUGCAUUUGAGAAUUGACUAUCUACAUCAAAUCAGCGGACUAUACAAUGCUCGCUUCACGUUACAGGACGCGCGGAUUGGUGCAUUGCAAGUAGCUCUGGGAGAGGUAGCCAAGCAGGUACAACAGGACAACAGCUGGCUACGCAGCAUGCUCUUCCCAAAUACGAAAGACGGAAAGCUGCAGACGACGUUGAAUACUUCUCGCCAUGGCUUACAGUUGUUCGAUCUAGAUCUCAACAACGAACAGGGACGCGCUAUUCAGACUGUUUUACGCGACGAUUACGGCAGAGUGCCUUACCUCAUUUCAGGACCGCCCGGCACAGGCAAGACGAAAACUGUGGUAGAGCUGGCUCUUCAGAUUCUGGCACAGGACGAAACCAAGCACCUCCUGCUCUGUGCGCCCUCUGAAUCGGCCGCCGAUACGCUAACGCAACGACUGAGAGCAGUCCUAUCACCCAAAGACUUGCUACGUCUGAAUUCGCCUGCCCGCAGCUUCGCAGAGGUAUCGAACACGAUUCUCCCAUACUGCUUUGUGGAUGACAGCAUGUUUUCCUUGCCUCCUUUCGCCGAUUUCAUGGCCAAGCAAGUUGUAGUCACCACAACUCGGGAUGCAGAGCUCUUGAUUAGAGCCCGUCUAACAAACGCAGACCUGUGUCACCAUGAAGCGGCCAUAUUCUCUGCACAUCAUCCACGAAAAUCUAGCCCAACCUUCCAAUUACACUGGGACGCACUGAUAUUGGACGAAGCCGCUCAAGCAACAGAAUUGGAGGCUCUGAUUCCUCUACUUGUGAUCGCGCCCCCUUCAAGGAGUCACCAUUUCGUCAGGGAAGCUCAAGUGGUGAUGGUGGGAGAUCCCAAUCAGCUGGGGCCGCGAACAGCGAGCAAAAUAGCUGAGUUGCAAACGUCCCUGUUUGAGCGCCUUUUGCAGCUGCCUCUAUACAAAGAUCAUCCCUUAGCGCGUGCAAAGCAGCAAGGCGGCCAUGUUCCACGACUUACGAGCGAUAUGCUGCCGCUCAUGAAGCCCCCGUUCACAGACCUCAUUCGUAACUAUCGAUCACACCCUGCGAUCCUAGCGAUUCCUUCGUCGCUGUUCUAUCACGAUACUCUAGAACCGCACACCCAGGACACGGAAGCUUUACUCGUAUGGCCUGGCUUCGAAGGACGUGACCUGCCUGUUCUGUUCCACGAGAAUCGAGGCCAGGACGAGAUUGAACAGGAUGGCGGUGGUUGGUUCAACCUCGAGGAGGCCGAUAUUGCGGUAAACCACGCCAGGUCAUUCGUCGAUCAAGGAGUGGCGCCAAGAGAUAUCUGCAUAAUGAGUCCUUUCAGAGCGCAAGUCAAAGUCCUGCGCACCAGAGCAAGGGUAAAAGGUCUUGCCAGUGUGAACAUUGGACCGCUUGAAGCUUACCAAGGUCUCGAAUUUCGAGUCGCUAUCGUGUGUACUACACGCAGUCGCCGCCGCUUUAUAGACCAAGACCUAGCCCGUGGGCUUGGAGUCAUACACGAAUCGAAACGCUUCAACGUCGCCCUUACACGAGCAAAAGAAGCAUUGGUCGUGAUCGGCAACCCGGAUGCUUUAGAUGAGGACUUGAAUUGGGCAGCUUUUCUCGCUUUUUGCCAGCGCAAUGGCGCUUGGAAGGGUACGGGUGACUAUGUCUGGACUACGCCGCACGCACCGAACAUCAGACGAUCCAGGCUAGAAAAACAAUUACAAGCACGCCAUGAAGUUUCGCUGGAAGCUGGAGUGAGGAGGCUCGGACUCUCUGGAGAUGCUGAAGCAGCGGCUUAUGAGGCAGGUGUUACAGCCGAGGAAGCGGUUCUCGAAGAUUUUGCAGACGAGGAGGAGAUUCAAGAGGAAAACACAUAGCAUUCCAAAGCACUCUAGAGAGCGAUAAGUAGCGCCGACGAGCCAAAGUGCUGGAGAGAUCGCAUUGAGUAUAGAGACACGUAGCGCCGCCAGGAGAACAGGACGCCACUCUACGAGCAUGCAUGAGAGAAACUGUACUGUGUUGUACACGCUGAAGAACUUAUUGGGGUAUCAUUCACUGAAUGACAGCGUCGAAAGUGAUGUGUUUUUGCAAGUCUGCAGUCACCUUAUGCAUCUGAGUGAAAGUGAACAUGGAACGUUGGGGCAGAGCAGAAUCUGGUAUAGGAGCCAGCAAUCAUGGGCCACUACGCACACUGGUGGUGAGAUUGGGGCCGUGGGUAGAGUAAGACAGGC